AUGGCGCAGGAUGUAGGCACCACAGCGUGGAAGCGGAUCUUACUUUCUACCGAAGCGAGUUACGAGGACAUAUUUCCAAUCUUUCUCAUCUAUUCUGAUGGAAUUGAACGGGUGGCUACCAAUACGUUGAGAGACAGGUUGAAUUGGGUCGGAAGUUUAUGGAAUGUACUGAAUGCCAAUCAACCUGAAGAUUCAAUCCCAAGCGUUCCUUCGGCUGACUCGAUCCUUCGACGGAUGGGGUCAGACUUCACUCAGCAUGUCCAGCCUAUUCAAACGAAUGAGUCAACACCUACAUCUCACUCGUUAGCCGUACCAAGGCAAAUCAAUGCACACUCUCGCACUCGGUCUACUGGAGACUUACCGACGGGUCGGUGGGACAGGCCUUCGCUUUCACCAAAGCCACUCAUGCGUCGAAUUUCGUCUCUCAGCAAUAUAAGUCUCUCAUCUCCGAACGAAGUGUCCAUUAGCAGAAUGGAAUCCGCUGCAUCCAGUACUAUCUCUACCCCCUCUAGGAGACACCGCACGAUCUCUCUGAGGAGCAUUGCUUCCCUCAUCACUGGUCUAACGAGUCGCGCCGAUACUCCAACACUGAGUGAGCAGUCAAAUCCGGCAAUGGUAGCGACUCCCUCACGCCUAAUCCCUGCCUCAGACCAUGUCAGUGGGAAUUCGACUCCCCUACUUUCUAAUACGACACCGGAUGCUCAACUGCCGUCAUCUCAGAAGGGAAAGUCACAUUUACUAAGGCUCGUUCAUCUCAGAAGUCACAAUCACAGCAAUCGUUCAUUCAGCGACAGCUCCAUUCCGACUCUGACAACUACCAAGAGAUCCAGUGUGUCUCUUUCUUCCUCGAGUACCCGCACUGGCCAAUUACCGUCAGAGAGUGGGCGAGUAACCGGGGCGCACUCCUUUCAUACUGCGUUUGAAGGGAAUGAAUCUUCAGGAGAUGCCUCGAACUCAGCUUACUUCUCUCUUGAUGGUUCAACGGAGCGCGCGGUGCCGGAAACGCCAACAGAUAUACCCUUCGUCACCGCAUCAUGGUUUACAUCGUCGGAUGCUUGGUUGUCGCAUUUAAGUUUGGAUGGCCCUAGUGAGCGCAAAGUGUCUGCUUCCUCUGGGCAGGGUAUGGACACGGAGUCGACUGGGUUCACUCCACUAAUCCAUCAGGAGACAACACACCUAGAUGCCCUUGAGUUGGCGGCCGAAAACGAAGCAAUCGGUGCGGGAGACCUUCAUAGCUCUACAUCGAUGCGAAGCACCUCUCCGUAUUCGAACGGCCGUCUUACUCCAUCACGUGAGCAGAGGGACGACCCGGCUAUGGUGCGAGCCACAAGUCCUAUACAAGCUCAAGAUGCUACAAUAGCGAUAAAUAACUUUUCUAUUUUGGAGCUUGAUCUUUCUCGACAGAGUCAGAUGUUCCUAGAUGGGAAUCUGCCCUCUUCUAAAGAGAGUCGGCAGUCUAGCCCGGGACGUUCGGUAUAUGCAGCAGAUAACCUGGAGCGGAAUAUAAACCCAAGCGAAACGAGAACGUACUCCCCAACCCUUGACGCAACCUCUCAGUUGGAGGAGCGAAGCGGAUUUCGAUCUGUUCCAGCUCGCGGCUCAGUGUAUGAAGCCGCCAUGGUCUCACAUCGCUCUUUCGGUGAUCCUCCUUUAUCAUCCGGAGCUCCUUCAUCGGUAUUACCUUUGAGGCCAUCGUCUGAAGGCAGAGGGAAACGAUUCAGGGUGGUACCAAAACGUGCGAAAGAACCGUCCUCAAACAGCCCUUUACGCAUGUCGAAAUCGACUAUUUCAUUCCCACGAAUUGCGGAUGCGCCCAGCCCGGCAGUAGAAGUAUCCCCAACGCCGGUUGCAGCAUCUGCCAUUUUAUCGAGAUCCGACAUCUCGACCAUGAGGGAUGAGGAGACGACUUCACCUACAAAGAGAACGGAGUCAGAUUGCGAACAGAAGAUCAAAACUCUCCUGGAGUUCAUACAAACCACACGAUCAUCUCAACUUCAAGCUUCGUCCGACAUCUCUAAUCAACUGGUGAGGAUUGAACAGCAGGUACUGGAGUUAGCCAUCCUGGUUCGGUGCAGAAACCCGCCACCGCCAUCGUCUCCACCUGCAGACGAAGAGCCGCACAUCGGUUAUUCGAGGAGGCAGGUCGUGGAGACAUCCGCACGAGCUCCCCCCAUUCGCGAAAUAACACCUCCUACAGAGGCAAUGGCACCUGAAUUGCCCACGCCAACUUCGUUUGCAUUUCCAUCGUCGCUUUUUGCUCCUACCUCCCUCUCAACAAGAACGGCGCUCAAUAAAUCCCAGGUUUCAUCAAGUUCACACAAUACCUCAGCAAUUAACUCGUGUACUAGGACAAAACCUACAGACUCUCUCCAUUUGUCACUAUUCCCCGAUCCACCAGCCCAUACGCCACGAGUCACAUCCACUUCACAAGCUAGAUCCGACUCUGAGAUGGGACUGGGCUAUGAAAUUCAUGGUCUCUUGAAUCAGCUAUCUAAUGCUGUGGAUGAGGCAACGCGGAGACAGCAUAAGAUCAACGACGCCUUGAGGGAGAUCAAAAAUCGUAGCGACCCCUACUCCAUCCCAUUGCAGGCUCCAAACAUAGCACUCAAUGAUGCCUCGCACGAGCAACACCAAGCUUUAUCGGAGAUGCUCGGAGCUGUAGGAGAGCUGACGGAUCGAGUGAAGAUCGUUUUUGACAAGGUUACAAGAAACUGCCAGCAAAAGGCGCUUUCUAUGAGCAUCGAAUCAAGUUGCACCCCAUCCCCUGAGGUUGUGUACGGAAAGAAUGUUUCGUUUGGGGCCGCAGGUAUUGCUUUUGCUGAGCAAUGUGCUGCCCCUAGAGCGCAUUCAGUCUUCCCGCCUGAAAGGUCUCCGGCCCCUCAUUUCGAAAGAUCCCCCGCCGAUGAUUGGGAGUCGUCUUGUCAAAAGCCAUCGCCUUCAGAGGGUUGCACUACUAGCAUUCCAUCUGUUCAUUCCAUGACUCGGAGCGAUCAAGGGAGAAGCAACCAAGGGGAGCCUCUAGCUGAACAACGGUCUGAGGACCACGAGACACAGCCAACCGGACGAGACGAACUGAUACAGCAAGGUAACGAACCCUCGGGCCAGUUGGUUAUUGUAAACCGCGAGCGUGCAAUCACCAGACCCUGGCACCGGAAGAGGGUGCCGUCGUCGCGAACCAGGUGGCAAAGUCAGCUUGAUCCUUUGGAAGAGGAGAAACCACCCGCAAGCAUGGUAGAAAUGGAAGACAUUGCGAGGCUUCUCGAGGAUGCUCGGUCUCACCAAGAUACAGCAGUCGUUCAACAGCAGGAAAUUGUCCGCUACCUCUCCGAACUGAAUGAGUGGCUGGCAAGGGAUGUCGCGGGGCGGCAGCAAGGGUAUCGCAAUCUCGAGUAUGGCUUGGACAGUAUUAAUGGGCUUAUUGGCUUCCAGGAGAUGCAUUCCGCUCCAACGAUACCGCAACCUGUUGUACAUCCUGGUUUUGGGCCACAGCCUAUCUCAGGCAAUUCUACUGUUAAUGGAGACGACGACACAUCUACGAUUGUUCCUCCAACCCCGAUCUUGAUGAGACCAGCGCCGAAUAUACCAGUCACUGCCCGACUCCCUACUGAUUCACAGACCAGUCAGGGUUUUCCAAGAAGUCACGAAGCCGCAGCAUUCCAUGCUGCGCCAAUGACAGUGCAGCUGCCCAAUAUGCCUGUGGGGGCACCAUACAUUGAUGGUCGCCUCAGGACUACAGGCCCUGUCACCCUGGAUUCAGUACCCCAAACUGAGUUGCCUCCCAGGACAGGUGGGAAUUCAGUGAUGCCUGCUCUACCCAGCGGAACGACUGGCACCCUUGUUGGUGGAGAUAUUCGAGCACUAGCUGUGUCCUCUAAUCAAGUGGCGCAAAGCACGAAGCCUCAGGUUGUCACUCCUCCAACUCUGCCCACAGUCAUUGUCGCCAGUCCAUCAGAUGCAGCGCAUUCUGAUAAAGUUCAAAUUGUCGCCAUUGAAGGAAGUGAGCAAAUGACUGGGCUUCACACAUCGGUCAAGUUACCGCAGCCGCAAGUGGGGAAUGAAGGCUCUGCGUUGGGUACUGGCUUGACGUGGCCAAUUCUGCGAUCGACGUUACCAAGUCCAAAGAGGCGUCGCGUCCCAAUUUCAGGGCUUCCUAUAGGUCGACUUGCUCGAACAGAGCCAUCUUACGAGCUGUCAUCCAGUGUAGGAAGAACCUCAGAGCUGUUACACGGUUCACUUCCGUCUCGUUUUCUUCAUACUCAGUCGGCGAAUACGUCAAGUCCCCUCCCGGUUGCUCCGAGUCACGAAGAUACUUCCCACACCCCCUCGAACUCGAAUCGGUUGCAUAUCGUCAAGAGAAAGCCAGUAACUUACAGGCGCGAAUCUCCUCAAGAUUAUUUGGAUGAAGAUGCGCCAUACCUUGUUCCGAGACACACUCAGUCGCUCCGUCCAUGCUCGGAGGUGUAUAAACGAAGGCUUUCAGCUAGCCCUCGACGCAUCGUAGUGUCACCAGGUUUUCUUUCACCAGAACCACAGAACUCGCCCACCAACAGAACUGUGAGUCUACAAGCUCCGUUACAAGCUACGACUGGUUUGAUGCAGCGACCCCUACGUGCAUUCGAUCAAAAUGGGGGGCCGACGGCAAUGCCUUCAUACGAGCCGACAACGGGGAGGACGGCAAUCAGUAUUCCAGACCUGAGAAGCCUCCUGAACUCACCCAUAUAUCUUCAUCACAAUGCGCCAAUAAUCCCUUCUCCUGCAUCAUUACGAGAUAACCCACAUCUUCCCUACGCAUCAUCCAUGCGCUCGCAUCGUGUGGAUAGAGUCGAACAGCCGGAACCAGCCAUCACGCGAGUGUCUCCAUCGACUGACAGGGGGGUUAGAAGGUCUUCAAAUCGCGCUCCAUGUCCUGACCAAAAGGAAUACGCAAACACAACGACCCAACCUAGUCAACAGACCCCUGCAGAGGUUAUCCCUUCCGGACUGGUACCUACGAUCCAUUCGCAUACUCUGCCGCGCACUACGUUUGCAGGAGUCAGACGUAUGGAUCAGCCGCACAGCAUCAUUAUCAGAAGUUCCACAAGGUCAGCUCCCGAGCUCAUGGAGUAUGUAGAACCAUCUCCAAGGCCAGCACAGUCUCCCACGGCUCUGAGUCCUCCAGUCACUGCUCAAGGAGGAAAUGUACCGAGACUGAUGCACAAGACAGAAGGUGGGGAUACCUCUCUACAUCGAGCUCGCUCUUCUUCCCGAGAUCACGGUUCAACUGUGGCAGCCAGUGAAAAGGUUGCUCCCCGAAUCGCCAUUCCCAUUGCGAGUCUUCCGGUUACAAACGGCGAAGUUCAACAUCAUCCAUCACCCUCAGCACGAAACAUUCCCCAAGAUCAACACCCUGGCGCAUAUAGCACAUCAGGGCUUGCACAAUCUCAUGAUCGCGCCAAUUUGUUGCCAACGAGCACCUCUGAAAGUUUGGAUGUACGAAGUCGCCUGGAGGUGAAUGACCCCCGAACGCCGACGACUCAUCAGAACCAGGUGGCUAGGAGAGUACCCAGCAGUCAACCGAGACUGGCCAGACCGCCUCAAACCGAUAGUCUCGCAGUCGGGGUAACAAAUAACUCCAAGGUUGGGCCAUCGCGUUCGUUUAAAAGUCCAAUCAUUGAAUGGCCUCCUGAGUCUCGCACGACACCUACGCCGGGAAAGAAUCAGCAAGCUUCAGGAUCAGUCCUGGUCGAUCAUUUAACAAAUAAUCAAGAACUACAAAAUCUUAUACAGCUGAUGCAGGACGACAAACGCGAAAGACAACGAGCCGCUGCGGAGUGCGAAGCUCAUCGUGCAGAACUCGAGCGAGAACGGGUGAGGGCACGCGAGUUGGAGCUGGAGAUCGAAGCUACCAAGAGAUCUAUCGAUGAACUCCGCCAAGAAAGAGAGGCAAAGGAGAUGGCACAUCAGGCUUCAUUUAACGCUUUAAAGACCUCAACAAAAUCCAUCAAGGUCAAAAUAAAUGAUAUAGACGUGCAAAUGGAUACUUGUCGUGGUGCACGCCAAACGCGAGAGGAGCAGAGAGACCGAGAAGACAUAAUGGACGCGCUCUACUGGGAUUCCUCUCGACGAUUAGACGCAGACAUCUUAGUACAAUGGAAACGCUUGUCAAUGGUCAUCAUGACGCACAGAAGCGGCGAGCCGACAGGCGAGCGGUCCUUGAAGAGCAAGAAGAACCUUCGGGAACAGAACGAACUGCAGAAAAGGAUGAUCCAAGAUUUGAUGAGAGACACCGCUGCACAGAAUAUGACUCAGACGUCAAAACUCUUGACAGAGUUUGAGCGUGCGUCCUCGAAGCGGGUGGAGGUCAACGUCCACGAUGCAAGUGACAUUGAUAGAAUACGCUCUGCCCUAUUCACCAUUUCACAAUCUUACUUGGGGAAGUGGGGAAUCUACGAGAACAUAGGAGAAAUCUGCAGCAUGAAAUUGGUUGCUUGCUUUGUUUCCGCAGCAAGAUGGAGCCUGGAGGAGAAUUCGAUCCUGCUUGGGAUCCUCUUGCCCGACAUACAUGUAAUCACGCUCAACCUGAGCCUCACACUAGAUCGCCCAGUCAUGAGGUGCCUCCGCCAUUUUUUUGUUGAGGCUGUCGCGAGCGGAUCCAAGUUUGCGGCCCACAUGCUACGGUCCCUUCGACGCAUCUCUACCUCUCUCCUCGUCAGGCGAAAUCUUGCAACUAUGGGUGGCGGCGAACUUACAGGUUCUACAAACACGACCGCACGAUUGACGGCUCUGCGAGCGUUGAUGAAACAGGAGGCGAAUGUGGACGCAUAUGUUGUUCCAAGCGAGGAUCAGCACGGUUCAGAGUACCUUGCGGCUUGCGACGAGCGUAGGCCGUUCAUUUCAGGCUUUACAGGUUCUGCAGGGACCGCGAUCGUCCUCCAGGACUCAGCAAUGCUCUUCACUGACGGGCGAUACUUUUUGCAAGCACGGCAGCAGAUGGACGACAAUUGGAAGUUGAUGAAGCAGGGCCUUCCCGACGUACCCACAUGGCAAGAAUACCUCACAAAGCAUCUUCCUCCAAAGUCGCGCAUUGGUUUUGACCCGACACUGAUUUCAAUCGGUGAUGCCAAAGCCCUCGAAAAGGAUCUCAAGGACCGAGAAUCUGAACUUGUCCCGACGGGCAACCUUGUGGAUGAAGUUUGGGGCAAAGAUAGACCACCACGCCCAGCAAAUGAAGUAUUUCUACUUGAAGAAAAGUAUUCGGGACAAUCUACCAAGGAUAAACUAGCCAAUAUUCGGAAAGAACUCGACAAGAAAAAGGCAACCGCUACCAUAAUCUCUCAAUUGGAUGAAGUGGCAUGGCUCUUCAACCUUCGUGGCUCCGACAUCCCUUUCAAUCCUGUCUUCUUUGCGUAUGCAACUAUUACGCCGUCGAGCGCGACCCUGUACAUCGCAAAGGAGAAGUUGAACAAAGAUGCACUGGCCGCACUGGAAGCCGACAAGAUUGAGAUCAAGCCUUACGAGUCAAUAAUUGAAUCACUUCAGGUAUCACCAUUGGCAGCCAAGGAUGAAGACAAAAUCCUUGUCGGUGGCAAGACAAGCCUGGCCGUUGUCAAUGCAGUUGGGAAAGACAAGGUCAUCGUGGAUCGGCAACCCGCGACGGACCUAAAGUCUCUCAAGAAUGAAAUUGAGGUCGAAGGAUUCCGCCAGUCUCAUAUUCGAGACGGCGCUGCACUAGCUCGAUACUUUUCUUGGCUGGAACAGCAACUUCAGUCAGGAGCGAAGAUAUCGGAAAGUGAAGGGGCAGAUAAACUCGAAGAGUACAGGAAGCGACUGGAUCUGUUUAUGGGCCUUUCCUUUCCGACAAUUUCUUCUACGGGUCCCAACGGAGCGAUCAUCCACUACCAACCUGACCCAAAGGACUGCGCGACCAUUCGUCAAGAUCAGAUCUACUUGUGUGAUUCAGGCGCCCAGUUCAAAGACGGGACCACGGACGUUACACGGACCUGGCACUUUGGUGAACCUAAGCCAGAGGAGAUCCGAGCUUUCACUCGAGUUCUUCAGGGACACAUUUGCAUCGACUCUACUAUCGUACCGGAAGGUACCUCGGGGUUCAUCAUCGACUCAUUCGCAAGACGCGCCCUAUGGCAAGAUGGGCUCGACUAUCGGCAUGGAACCGGGCACGGUGUUGGCCACUUCCUUUGCGUUCAUGAGGGCCCACAGGGCAUUGGAAAGAGAAUCACGUAUAAUGACACCCCUCUCAAGCCAGGCAUGACGCUUUCGAACGGCAUGUAUACCUAUCCAUUGCAUUUAUACCUGACUAACGGAGGAACAGAGCCUGGAUAUUACGCAGAUGGCAAGUUUGGCAUUCGCAUUGAAAGUAUCGUUGUCGUCAAGAAGGUAGACACCCCCAACCGAUUUGGGGAUGUCGAUUAUCUCGGAUUCGAGCGAGUGACGAUGUGCCCCAUUCAUCGCAAACUGAUCGACAAGUCGCUACUUACCCCUGAGGAGCUUAAAUGGGUCAAUGCAUAUCAUGCGGAGGUACUCGCAAAAGUAGGGCCGUUGUUGAGUGGAAAGAACGAGGACGACCUUCGAGCCAAGGCGUGGCUGGAGCGGGAAUGCAAACCCCUCUAG